UAUUUUAAAAGUUUUAACGGAACGGUAUAUAUUUAAGAUUCAAACUCGACCACAGCCCUUCGUUAAAAUCAAAGAGACACCUACUAUCUCAAAUUUGUGUUAUUUAAUACACUUUUAAAUUUAAACAUUGUUUCUUUAAGCGAAAGUGAAUAAAGCUUAUGAAAGAAAACAGAAGGCAAAGUAAAUAAUGCUAGCCUUCCAUAUGUUAUCCAUUUAAUGCAAUACAAUCAAUGAAAGGUAGGUGAAAGAAUAGAGCAGCACACUUAGUAAUACAAUUUCAAGCAAGGAACUAUUCAAAAACAAAAAAGAAAAAACAUUUCAACUUGCACUCAUUCCUGCAGGCUACAGCUAUCUACGCGUCUUGGAUUUCAGAAGUAAUACCAACUCCAUCUUCCUUGCCAUUCUCUCGACCUAUAAAUACUGACAUGCACUUGCCUAUUUUCUUCAGCAAAACACAUCUCAAUCUAUAUAUCCUUCUUCUUUGCACCAGCAAUAUAUUCUGUACUCUCAUUAAUCCCAUAACUUUUUAACUAACCAAGUUUAUUAUAAGCACUUUGUUUGUGCGUUACGAUGACUUCUAGCACUAGUCAUAGUUUCAGCUCCCUGACCAUUACCAUUAUGUUUCUUUUACUUUGCUUGCUGGCUACAUUAUCGUCAGCUUCUCUUAGCGUUGGUUUCUAUAGAUCUUCUUGUCCAUCAGCAGAAGCUAUUGUCAGAAGAGCUGUAAACAAAUUGGUUUCUCGCAAUCCAGGGUUAGGUGCUGGUCUUAUUAGGAUGCAUUUCCAUGAUUGUUUUGUGAGGGGUUGUGAUGCCUCUGUGCUUCUAGAUUCUACACCGGGGAACCCAUCAGAGAGAGAGCAUGUAGCUAAUAAUCCUAGCUUACGAGGUUUUGAGGUGAUUAACGAAGCCAAAGCCCAAAUUGAAUCUAUAUGUCCGAAAACGGUGUCAUGCGCAGACAUUCUUGCAUUCGCUGCUCGUGACAGUUCCUUCAAACUUGGAGGGAUAAACUACGCUGUGCCAGCAGGAAGGCGAGAUGGACGUGUGUCCAAUGUGGAUGAAGUAGCACAAAAUCUCCCUCCAUUCUUCUUCAAUGCACAGCAAUUAACAGACAACUUCGCACGUAAAGGAAUGUCAGCGGAUGAGAUGGUGACGCUAUCGGGAGCACACUCUAUUGGCAUCUCACAUUGUUCUUCAUUCUCUGGCCGUCUCUACUCUUUCAACGCCACUUAUCCUCAGGAUCCCUCCAUGGACCCUAGAUACGCAGCUUUCUUGAAGACAAAGUGCCCACCACCAAGUAACAAUGGCGAUCCAACUGUACCACUUGAUCCUACUCCCAAUCGUAUGGACAACAAAUACUACAUUGAGUUGACCAGGAAUCGAGGAUUAUUGACUUCCGAUCAGACACUGAUGAACAGCCCUUCCACACAAAGGAUGGUGGUCAACAAUGCAAGGAAUGGCGCCACAUGGGCUGCCAAGUUCGCAAAGGCAAUGGUGCAUAUGGGUUCUCUUGAUGUUCUUACUGGAACUCAAGGUGAAAUUAGGACCCAAUGCAGUGUUGUCAAUUAAGCUUGCUUGUUGCUGAAAGGAGUUCCGUAUGUCUUGUUUUCUCUUAUUGUUUUAUUCAUUGUUCGAUUCUUUUUUCUCAUUUACCAAAGCAAUUGUGAAUUAUUUCUUGGAUUACUAAAUGGACAUGAAACAUUUCGAA